UCCAGCAGGUAAAGUUCCCUAAAAUUCACAGAAGAAAUUUUGGAACUUUUCUCUGAAUCAUCAAACAUUUACCGUUUUUCUCCUGGGAGCUGAAGAUAUUUUAGAGAAGAAUUAAUCUUCCGUUGCUCCAGUUGAACAUUUUCUAGCAAUACGAGCCAUGGAAAUAGAGCUCUGCACCUGCUUCUUUCUGUGCCUCUUGCCAUUCAGCUUUAGCGCCACCAGAAAAUACCACCUGGGCGCAGUGGAACUGUCCUGGGACUACAUGCAAAGCGAACUGCUUAGUGAGCCGCCCGUGGACACAAGGUUUUCCCCUGGGGGGCCGAGACCGUUGCCAUCCAGCACGUCAGUCAUGUACAGAAAGACUGUGUUCGUAGAGUUUACGGAUCGCCUCUUCAACAUCGCCAAGCCCAGGCCACCGUGGUUGGGUCUGCUAGGUCCUACCAUCCGGGCCGAGGUUUUUGACACAGUGGUCAUUAUACUCAAGAACAUGGCUUCUCACCCCGUCAGCCUUCAUGCUGUUGGUGUAUCCUACUGGAAAGCUUCCGAAGGUGCUGAGUAUGAGGACCAGACCAGCCAGAAGGAGAAGGAAGAUGAUAAAGUCUUUCCUGGUGAGAGCCAUACCUACGUCUGGCAGGUCCUGAAAGAGAAUGGUCCAAUGGCCUCUGACCCACCGUGUCUCACCUACUCAUACUUUUCUCAUGUGGAUCUGGUGAAAGACCUAAAUUCAGGCCUUGUUGGAGCCCUGCUGGUGUGCAAACAAGGAAGCCUGGCCGAAGGAAGGACACAGACCUUGCAUGAAUUUGUUCUCCUGUUUGCCGUAUUUGAUGAAAGGAAAAGCUGGCACUCAGAGACAAAUGAGUCCUCGGCACAGGCUCCUGCUCCUGCAUCUGUUCAGGCCGCGCCCGAGGUGCACACGGUCAAUGGCUACGCGAACAGGUCUCUGCCAGGCCUGACUGGAUGCCACAAGAAAUCAGUCUAUUGGCAUGUGAUUGGAAUGGGCACCACCCCUGAAGUGCACUCAAUUUUUCUUGAAGGUCACACAUUUCUCGUGAGAAACCAUCGCCAGGCCUCCUUGGAGAUCUCACCAAUCACUUUCCUUACUGCUCAGACAUUCUUGAUGGACCUCGGCCAGUUUCUACUGUCUUGUCACAUCUCUUCCCACCAGCAUGAAGGAAUGGAAGCGUAUGUCAGAGUAGAUAGCUGCCCAGAGGAACCCCAGCGACGGCUAAAAACUAAGGAAGAGGAAGAUUAUGAUGACGGUCUUUACGAUGCUGACAUGGACAUGGUUCGGUUUGAUGACGACAGCCCGUCUCCCUUUAUUCAAAUUCGCUCAGUUGCCAAGAAGCAUCCAAAGACUUGGCUCCACUAUAUUGCCGCUGACGAGGAGGACUGGGACUACGCUCCCUCAGCCCCCGCCUCCAGUGAGACAAGUUACAAACAUCUGUAUUUGAACAGUGGCCCUCAGCAGAUUGGCAGGAAGUACAAAAAAGUCCGAUUUAUGGCAUACACAGACGAAACCUUUAAGACCCGUAAAGCUGUGCAGUAUGAAUCAGGAAUCCUGGGGCCUUUACUUUAUGGAGAAGUUGGAGACACACUGUUGAUUAUAUUUAAAAAUCAAGCAAGCCGGCCAUACAAUAUCUACCCUCAUGGAAUCACUGGUGUCAGUCCUUUGCACUCAGGGAGACUGCCUAAAGGUGUGAAACAUUUGAAAGAUAUGCCAAUUCUGCCAGGAGAGAUAUUCAAGUAUAAAUGGACAGUGACUGUAGAAGACGGGCCAACUAAAUCAGAUCCUCGGUGCCUGACUCGAUAUUACUCAAGCUCCGUUAACCCAGAGAGGGAUCUGGCUUCAGGACUCAUUGGCCCUCUCCUCAUCUGCUACAAAGAAUCUGUAGAUCAAAGAGGAAACCAGAUGAUGUCAGACAAGAGAAACGUCAUCCUGUUUUCUGUAUUUGAUGAGAACCGAAGCUGGUACCUCGCAGAGAAUAUGAAGCGCUUUCUCCCCAACGCAGAUGCAGUACCGCCCCACGACCCCGAGUUCCAGGUCUCCAACGUCAUGCACAGCAUCAAUGGCUAUGUUUUUGACAACUUGCAGCUGUCGGUUUGUUUGCACGAGGUGGCGUACUGGUACAUUCUAAGCGUUGGAGCACAAACUGACUUCCUGUCUGUCUUCUUCUCUGGAUAUACCUUCAAACACAAAAUGGUCUAUGAAGACACGCUUACCCUCUUCCCAUUCUCAGGAGAAACUGUCUUCAUGUCAAUGGAAAAUCCAGGCCUCUGGGUGCUGGGAUGCCACAACUCAGACUUUCGGAACAGAGGCAUGACAGCCUUACUGAAGGUUUCUAAUUGUAAUGGGGACACUGAUGAUUAUUAUCAGGAUAUAUAUGAAGAUAUUCCAGCUUCCCUGCUACAUAGAAACAAUGUCAUUGAACCCAGAAGCUUCUCCCAGAAUUCAAGACACCCUAGCACUAGGCAAAAGCAAUUCAAAGCCACCACAACUCCAGAAAAUGACAUAGAGAAGAUUGACCCUCCUCAGCCUGGAGAAAGAACACAGCUGCUUAAAGUACAAAGUGUCUCCUCUAGUGAUUUGUUGAUGCUGCUGGGACAGAAUCCUACUCCACAUGGAUUACUCUUGUCUGAUCUCCAAGAAGUCACACAUGAAGCCAAUGAUCAUUUACUUGGAGCUAUAGAAAGCGACAAGGGCCCAUCUGAACUGGCAGAUCUCAGAGCAGAGCUCCAUCACCGUGGGGACGGAGUAUCUACUCCUAAGCCAGAACUAAAAUUAAGAUUAAAUGAGGAUUUGGUGACGACUGUAACAGCAGAGUUGAAGAACCUUGAUUUAAAAAUUUCUAGUUCAUCAGACAACCUAAUGGCUUCACCAACAAUUCCAUCAGGCAAGUUGGCAGCAGGUACUGAAAAGACAGGUUCCUUAGGACCCCCAAAUAUGUCAGUUCAGUUUAAUAGUCAUUUAGGUACCAUUGUAUUUGGCAAAAAUUCAUCUCACUCUAUUCAGUCCGGCAUACCUUUGGGCUUGAGUGAAGAAGAUCAUGAUUCCAAGUUGUUGGAAGCAGCUUUAGUGAAUAGUCAAGAAAGUUCACUGGGAGAAAAUGUGUUGCCAGUGGAGAGUAAUGGGUUAUUUAAAGAAGACAGAGUUCGUGGACCUGCUUCAUUAAUCAAAGAUAAUGCUUUAUUCAAAGUUAAUAUCUCUUUGAUAAAGACAAACAAGGCACCAAUUAACUUAACAACUAAUAGCGAGGCUCAUGUUGAUGUCCCAACAUUAUUAACUGAGAACAGUACAUCAAUCUGGCAAGAUACUGUAUUACAAGAUAAUGCUGAGUUUCAAGAAGUGACUUCUUUGAUUCACAAUGAAACAUUUAUGGACAGAAAUAUUACAGCUUUGGGGCUAAAUCAUGUGUCAAAUAAAACUACUGCAUCAAAAAAUGUGGAAGGGGUCCUCCAAAACAAAGAGGGCCCCAUGCCACUAGGUGCAGAAAAUCCAGAUCGCUCAUUCUUCAAGAAACUGUUCGCUCCAGAUUCAGCAAAGUGGAUAAAAAGGGCCCAUGGUGAGAAUUCCCUAAGCUCUGGGCAAAGGCCCGGUCCCAUGCAAUUAACAUCUUUAGGGUCAGAAAACUCUGUGAAAGAUCAGAAUUUUUUGUCAGAGAAGAAGGUGGUAGUAGGAAAGGAUGAAUUUACAAAGGACACAGAACUCAAAGAGAUGAGUUUUCCAAACAGCAAGAGCGUAUUUUUUCCUAACUUGGCUAAUGUCCAAGAAAAUGAUACCUACAAUCAAGAAGAAAAAUCUCAGGAAGAGAUAGAAAGAAAGGAGAAACUAACCCAAGAGAAUGUGGUUUUGCCUCAGGGAUAUACGGUGACUGACACUAAGAAUUCCCUGAAGAACCUUUUCUUACUAAGCAUGAAGCAAAAUGUGGAAGGUUUAGAUGAGGGGUCAUAUACUCCAAUACGUCAAGACACCAGGUCAUUACAUGAUUCAGCACAUAGAGCAGGGAUUCACAUGGUCCAUUUCUCCGAAAUAAGGGAGGAAGAAAACUUGGGAAAUCAAACAAAGGGAAUGGCAGAGAGGUUUUCAAGCACUCUGCAGAUGUCUCCUAAUCAAAGUCAGCAUAAUAUUCUCACUCAGCGUGGUAAGCGGGCCUUGAAACAAUCCAGACUCUCACUAGAAGGAACAAAGUUUGCAAGGGGGGUAAUUUUGAAUGACAUCUCAACCAAGUCAUCCAAAAACAUGAACUAUGUGACGCAUGGCGCCCUCACACAAAUAGAAGACAACCAGAAAGAUAAAGGUACUGCCACUCAGUCUGUCCUAUCAGAUUGUUCUAUGGGGAAUCAGGGCACCAUUCAAAUAAACGAGUCUUCAUUACCCAUUGCAGAGGAAUCAGCAUUUCCAUCAACUAGCCAUACAGAUCCCACCAAGAUCCCUUCCCAAGACAAAUCUUCUUAUCUUCUAGUAUCAGCCUACAGUCAUGCCUUCGGGGAGAGGAGUUCUGGGGUGCAAAAACACAGUCAUUUUACACAAGGAGCCAAGAGAAAGAACCUUUCUGUAGCCUUCCUAACCUCAGAAAUGACUGGAGGUGAAAGAAAGUUCAGCUCCCUAGGGAAAAGUGCCACAAACCAACUCAUGUACAAGAAACGUGAAAACGCUCUUCUGCAACCAGUCUUGUCUGAAGCAUCUGUCCAAGUUGAGUCACUCCUGAAAGCUCAUGUUCAUCAAGAAGACUCUCUCCCUACAAAAACUAGCAAUGAUUCUUCUGGCCACCUGGAUCUCAUGGGGAAGAUCUUCUUUCAGAAAACACAGGGAGCUGUUAAGUUAAAGAAAAUAAAUGGACCUGGAAAAGUGCCCUUUCUGAAAUGGACAACAGAGAGCUUUGAAAGGAUUCCCUCCAAGCUGCUGGGUCCCCUUGCUUGGGAUAACAAUAAUGCUACCCAGAUACCAGGAGAAGAGUGGAUAUCCCAAAAAAAGUCACAGAAAAACAUUGCUUUUAAGAGCAAAGACACCAUUGUGCCCCUGGGCCCUUGUGAAAACAGUCAUUCAGUAGCAGCAGUAAGUGAAGGACAAGGUAAACUCCAAAGAGAAGCCACUGGGGCAAAGCAAGGAGAGACUGGAAGAUUGUGCACAGAGAACCCACCAGUCUCAAAACGCCACCCAAGGGAAAUACCCCUUACUACUCUUCAGCCAGAGGAAGACAAAACUGAGUAUGAUGACAUGUUCUCAACUGAAAUGAAGAGAGAAGAUUUUGACAUCUAUGGUGAAGAUGAAAAUCCGGGCCUCCGGAGCUUUCAGAAGAGAACACGACACUAUUUCAUUGCUGCAGUGGAGCGUCUCUGGGAUUAUGGGAUGAAUACAUCUCCCCAUGCACUAAGAAACAGGGCUCCAGAUGGGGACGUCCCUCAGUUCAAGAAGGUGGUUUUCCAGGAAUUUACUGAUGGAUCCUUCACUCAGCCCUUAUACCGUGGAGAAUUGAAUGAGCACCUGGGACUCUUGGGACCAUACAUAAGAGCGGAAGUUGAAGACAAUAUCAUGGUGACGUUCAAAAACCAGGCCUCCCGUCCAUACUCCUUCUAUUCUAGCCUGAUUUCUUAUGAGGAAGAUGAGAGGCAAGGAGUGGAACCUAGAAAAAAGUUUGUCAGUCCUAACGAAACCAGGGUUUACUUUUGGAAAGUGCAGCAUCAUAUGGCACCCACUAAAGAUGAGUUCGACUGCAAGGCUUGGGCGUAUUUUUCGGACGUUGAUCUGGAAAAAGACAUGCACUCGGGCUUGAUCGGACCCCUUCUGAUCUGCCGCAGUAACACGCUGAGCCCCGCCCACGGGAGACAAGUGACGGUGCAGGAGUUUGCUCUGUUCUUCACUAUUUUUGAUGAGACUAAGAGCUGGUACUUCACGGAAAACAUGGAAAGGAACUGUAGAGCCCCCUGCCAGAUCCAGAAGGAGGAUCCCGCUUUUAAAGAGAAGUACCGCUUCCACGCCAUCAACGGCUAUGUGAUGGACACGCUGCCCGGCUUGGUCAUGGCUCAGGAUCAAACGGUCCGAUGGUACAUCCUCAGCAUGGGGAGCAAUGAGAACAUCCAUUCCAUUCACUUCAGCGGGCAGGUGUUCACUGUACGGAAAAGAGAGGAAUACAGGAUGGCAGUGUACAACCUGUACCCAGGUGUUUUUGAGACGGUGGAAAUGCUGCCAUCCAAAGUCGGGAUUUGGCGGAUAGAAUGCCUGAUCGGCCAGCACCUGCAGGCUGGCAUGAGCUCGCUCUUCCUGGUGUACAGCCCAAAGUGUCAGAUCCCACUGGGGAUGGCUUCUGGACGCAUUCAAGAUUUCCAGAUCACAGCUUCAGGACAGUAUGGACAAUGGGCCCCAAAGCUGGCCAGACUUCACUAUUCCGGAUCAGUCAACGCCUGGAGCACCAAAGACCCCAUUUCCUGGAUCAAGGUGGAUCUGUUGACACCAACGAUCAUUCACAGCAUCAUGACCCAGGGCGCCCGUCAGAAGUUGUCCAGCCUCUACGUCUCUCAGUUCAUCAUCAUGUAUAGUCUUGAUGGAAACAAGUGGCAGAGUUAUCGAGGGAAUUCCACUGGGACCUUAACGGUGUUCUUCGGCAAUGUGGACUCAUCUGGGAUAAAACACAAUAUUUUUAACCCUCCGAUUAUCGCUCGGUACAUCCGUUUGCACCCGACGCAUUACAGCAUCCGCAGCACUCUCCGCAUGGAGUUGAUGGGCUGUGAUCUAACCAGCUGCAGCAUGCCGCUGGGGAUGGAGAGUAAAGCAAUCCCGGAUGCGCAGAUUACCGCCUCGUCCUACUUAAAGAGCAUGUUGGCCACUUGGUCUCCCUCCCAAGCCCGGCUGCACCUCCAGGGGAGGACGAAUGCCUGGAGACCUCAGGCAAAUAAUCCAAAAGAGUGGCUGCAAGUGGACUUCCAGAAGACAGUGAAAGUCACAGGAAUAAUGACCCAGGGGGCAAAAUCGCUCCUCACCAGCAUGUAUGUGAAGGAGUUCCUUGUUUCCAGUAGCCAAGAUGGCCAUAGCUGGACUCUGUUUCUUCAGAACGGCAAAGUAAAGGUUUUUCAGGGAAAUCAAGACUCGUCCACACCGGUGGUGAACUCUCUAGACCCUCCGCUACUGACUCGCUACCUUAGAAUUCACCCCCAGAGCUGGGCACGCCAGAUCGCCCUGAGGCUGGAGGUGCUGGGCUGUGAGGCCCAGCAGGGGUACUGAGGGGCCAGGCGCACCCCCCCCACCUCCAGUGCUGCACCCCCUCCAACUUACCUUCUGCCUCCCAGCCUGGCCUCCCAGUCAUUCCCUGCCCACCCUGCCCUGGCGGACACAGCCCUGAAGCCUCCCAGUUGUCAGGACCCCACACUUCCCGGGAAGGUUGCAUUCAGUUCAACUCUCUUCCAUUUACCGCCACUGCGGCCAGAUUGCUUUCUGCUUCCAGCACCAGGAGGAAAUGAGGAAAGUCAUGUGGACAGCGCUCUCCUCCUGACAAGUCAGCCUCCCACAGCCUCCUGUUCCUCCUUUGUAGAACAGUGUGUUUGAGGUUUGCAGACGCUCAUCACGAUGGAAGCAUUUCUCAUGAGGCUUCAUACAUUUAAAAUAAAACUCUCCCUGUUUACGAUCCCGCUCAAACAUGGAGCAAAUCCACAUCACCAUAGCCUUGAAGCCAAAAGCAAGUCAUUCUAACAAUCCGCAAAAUGUAGAUUAUGGAAGAACCACUGCAUGAAAGUCGGAUACACUUAUAGAUAGACUUCUCCUAGUUGGCCAUCUUGGGGCAUCGUUAGCAGCACACUCUUACCUCAAACUAGUGUUUUUAAACUGAGACUCACAGGUGGGAUUCAAGAACCUCCAGAUCUGGGGACAACAUCAUGUAUGAAUGCAUAAGUGUGCUUUUCUGACAAGAGCAUCCAAAGAUGUAUUCAGAAUUUUAAAGGGGCAAAUCGCUCUCAAGAGUUCAAUGUAAUCUCAGAAGGAUGACA